AUGACUUUAUUUAGGAUCAUCUUCGUCGCCUUGAUUGUGUUCUGCCUCUCCGUGCUAACAGCAGACGCCCAAUUUUUCGGCUAUCCCUAUAUGGGCCUAGGAUACGGUUACGGUGGCCUUGGUAUGAUGGGACUUGGCUACGGUAUGGGAGGUUAUGGCAUGUGGCUACGAUUACUGAAUUGUCUUGGAACGUUGGGAUCAUGUUUGCAAUGUACUGGCAUUCGAAAGCUUUCGAAUAAACACAAUGCUGUUCCUACUCAACUACGUGACAACAUAAAACUUGCUUUAGUAUUUAAGCUCAAGACCAUCUGGAAACCACAAGCACCGCCCUUCGUUAUCAACAUGGCGCUCUCAUCACUAGUCAUGCUAGUCGCUGUGAUUAUGUUCUGCCUUUCCGUGACAACUACGAACGCUCAAUUUUGGGGCAUGUGGCCGUAUAUGGGCCUUGGAUGGGGCUACGGUGGCCUCGGCAUGAUGGGGCUUGGCUAUGGUAUGGGCUACGGUAUGUGGGGACGCUAA